GGGGUAUGAGGUGGGUCAAGAGGAGUCAGUGUCGUGGAUUAAUGAGACACCGUGAACGCGAAACUGACCAGCCGUCUUUUAAACAUGCUUUCCGUGGCUUAUAUUUUAACGUGGGCUUUAUUUACAUCCGCGCUGGCGAGACAUUUCCACGCCGGGGAAAAGUCGUCGGUGAGGAGGCCGCCGAGGGAGUUGAGCGGUGAUGAGGAGCGACAGAAGUUGGCACUGAAUGGACACUCAUGCCCAACUUUUCCUGGAGUGGAGUCAGCGCUGCUAAACAACACCCACACUUUCAACUUUAAAGUGAGGACCAUGGGCUCCCUGUCACUGGCCUGGGUGGGAGGCGAAUCAGGGGUCCUGCUGGUGCUGACCACAUUCCAGGUGCCGUUGUUCAUGAUGCGAUUCGGACAGUCCAACCUCUACAGGAGUGAAGACUUUGGGAAGACGUUCACUGAUGUGACCCACCUGAUCAAUCACACCUUCAUCCAGACCGAGUUUGGCAUCGCCGUCAGUCCGGACCACUCUGGAAAGGUGAUCCUGACCGGUGACGUGUCAGAAAUUGGCGGAUUCCGACUCUUUCGCUCCCGGGACUUUGGCCGGACAUUCACAUCGUCUGAACUGCCGUUUGAGCCCUUAAUUCAGAUGCUGUACAACCCAGGAGACGCCAACAUACUUUUGACGCUCAGCAUCACGUUGAACUUGUGGCUGUCGGAGGAUUUUGGCGCCACCUGGCGGAAGAUCCAUGACAGUGUUUGCCUCGUCAGAUGGGGGUCAAAGAAUAGCAUCUACUUUACAACAAACUACAACGGCUCGUGCAAUCACAAAGGAAUGUUGGAGUUACGGAAAACAACAGACUACGGUAGAAGCUUCCAGACAAUCGCAACGAGAGUUUACUCUUUCGUACUUGGGGGCAGAUUUGUCUUUGCUUCCAUCAUGACCGGAGAGGGCACAGAGCGUAUGAUCCACGUGUCGGUGGACGGAGGACAAGUAUGGAAUAUUGCUCAGCUUCCUGCUGUCAACCACGAUCAGUUCUAUUCCAUCCUGGCAUCCAAUGAAGACAUGGUGUUCAUGCACGUGGACGACCCUGAAGACUCUGGGAUCGGAACAAUCUAUGUGUCUGAUGACAGAGGAGCCGUGUUCUCCAAGUCUCUGGAGCGCCACCUCUUCACCACCACAGGAAGUGACACUGACUUCACCGCCAUUACUUCACUUAGGGGCGUUUACAUGACCAGCGUACUCACAGAGGACGGCGCCGUGGAGACUGUCAUCACGUUCGACCAAGGAGCUCGAUGGCAGACGCUGCGUCAACCACAGAACAGCCAAUGUGACACGGAGACCAACAGGCCAAACAGAGUGAGACGCACAGACGCUUGCAGACUUCACAUCCACGCCACGUACAGCACGGCCUUGAAGAUGAACGUCCCCAUGCUGCCGCUGUCACAGCCCAGUGCAGUAGGACUCAUUAUUGCUCAUGGCAGCGUCGGAGAUGCCGAGUCGGCCGUCAUGCCUGACGUGUAUGUGUCUGACGAUGGCGGCUACUCGUGGCUUCUAUCCCUCAAAGGCCCUCACCACUAUGCCAUAUUGGACUCGGGAGCCCUGCUUGUGGCCGUGGAGCACAGCAACAUGGCUGUCAAUCAAAUCAAGUUUUCCACCGACGAAGGCCGAUGCUGGCACACGUACAACUUCACCAGCGACCGUUUCCACUUCAGCGGCAUGGACAGUGAGCCGGGCUCCCGCUCCAUGAAUGUCAGCCUUUGGGGCUACAAGAACGACUUCACCAAAUGGGUGGUAAUCACCAUCGACUUCAGGAAGCUCCUCGCCCGAGAUUGCGGCGACGACGACUACGUGCCCUGGUUGGCUCACUCCGCCGACCCUGGAAGAUUUGAUGACGGAUGCGUGCUGGGCUUCAAGGAGACGCUCUUACGUUUAAGGAAGGAUUCGGCCUGCUGGAACGGGAGGGACUACGCCGUCAGCAAGCAGCCGUCGCCUUGUCCUUGUACACUGGAUGAUUAUCACUGUGACUUCGGAUUCUACCGACCCGAGAACAGCUCCGAGUGCGUGGAACAGGAAGAGAUGAAGGGCCGUCCUCUGGAGUUCUGUCUGAAUGGCACCACGGAAGAACUAGAGACCAGUGGUUACCGGAAGAUUCCAGGAGACCAAUGUGAAUUUGGUUUCCAACCCGUGAGAAAAGAGACAGACCUGAGAAGGAGGUGCACCAGCAAUAUCCUGCAACCAGUUUUUCUGACCGAAAGCGCCUCACCAAACGCCGCAAUCAUAGCCAUGGUCGUCAUAGCGAUACUGCUGAUGAGCGCCAUCGCGGGCGUUUGGAUGGUUAAGAAAUACGUCUGCGGGGGACGGUUCCUUGUGCACCGCUACUCCGUCAUGAGGGAACACUUUGAAGCUAACAAAAUAGAAGGAGUCGACGACGUGGAUGCCCAGUACAUGGAAACGGGAGCGGCGCAGUACAAUGAGGAUUCAGAUCAGGACCUCUUGGAAUAGGUCGGACGUUUUGACCCCCUUGUAAAAAAAAAAAAAAAAAAAAAAAAAAAAAAAAAUUCUCCAAUGCCUGAGUACCCUCACUUGUCCCACAUGCUGAACAACAUCUGCUCUCACGUCUCACUGUUCCCCCCUGGUGGAUGAAGGAGGCAACAGCAAGCAGUUGUGAGUUAUGACUGGUUGGAGGCUCCCACAGAGACAAACUAAUGGAACCGGGAUGGAUUUUGGGGGGGGGGGGGGCUUAACCGAGCUCACGACACAAGAAAGGGCUUUAGGUCCCUGCGGAGCUUUUAUUGUGUCUGUCAAAAAGAUUUCUGUUAGGACGUCUGGGUCUCGAAUUGUGCUCUGCGUGAUCCCCUUUAAGAUGUUUCACAAUGCACAGUGGAGGAAUUAGUUUUUAGGGAAUAUCAAAGUAGAAUAGAAUAAAUGCUGUGUAUUUUAGUCUUUUUUUUUUUUUACUUUGUAAGAUUGAAACCGAACUUGUUGAUACGGGCCUUUUAAACAUUCAUUUUUACAGUUUCACUUUUUUUUUUUUUUUUUUUUUUAGACACAAGCACUUUUCAUUCUGUGUUCACCACUCCCACAGAAUCGUUUUUCAUUUUUAGUUUCACUUUUCUUUUUAAGAGCGACUUGCAUUCCAGGAUGCACUUUAGAUGUCAACCAUUCCGUGCACGCUGUUACUUAGUUACACUGCAUAUUUUCUUACAACAAAUUGCCCUAAAACUAAGAAAUGAACAGUGAUAGAAUAACAUUAUUCCAGUAUUACUCUUAAUAACAUUUUUUUUUUGUAUAAUUUAACACAGAUUAAAUAAUAGUCCGGAAUAGAACAAAAGAAGAUAAGUUAAAACAACCUGAUGUGUUGCAGUGAGGUUUUUAAUUUGACUUGAAAUUAAAGUACUUUUUAAAAAAUAGUUCUUCACAUUCUCCACAUUCCUUAUUCUAAAAAAUUAUGUUUUAAAAAGAACACGGUAUGUGCUCAGCUCAAUUAAUCACAGUUCCUAAUGUGCAACAUCAUAUAAAAAUAUUUUUCACUACCCGCUUUGUCAGGUGAAAACAAGACUUGAAUUAUUGCCAAAGCACUUUUACUGUUGAGUUAAUAAACCUUAAAGAUGAAUCCACCAUGUGGUUGCCGGUACAACGAAUGAGCAACUGUUUUUAAGUGUUUUGGUAGCAUAUACGUAAACACAGCUGACAUUUUACAUCCAGGCAGGUAAUAACUACCCAGCAAAUAAGCUAUGUACUGUAGAGCCGGCCUACUAUAGUGGCGUAUUCUCAAGGACUCUUGGUUGUUUGAGAGCAGCUUCACAUGCUUGAUGUCUCUUUAUAUAUACACAACUGUAAAUACUCAACUAUUUACUGGCGUUUGUCAUUUUAUUUUUGAACUACGUUCACAUCUGUGAAGAAACUAUUUGCAUUUUCACCAUGUACACGCAGCAUACUGUCAUAUAUUUGACUUGAGACUCAUGCCUUCGUGUUUUGUUGACUUUGCUGUGAUAACACCGGACAGGAAGUGCAUUUGAAUUAAAAUAUCUUCUAGCACAGUUUGUGCUGUAUUAUAGAAAUUUAUGAGGGUAGUGACGCAUUUUUACAAUUUUUCAUAGUGAAUAUUUAACUCCAUUAAUUAUAUGUGGUCAUUAAUUUUCUGUUUUAAUUAAUGUUUUAA